AUGUCGCAGGAAAAUAUAGUUGUGGACGUAGAAAACGAUGAAAACAUGCAAGAUUUACAAGAAAUGGCUCAUGCUAAAAAUUCAAAAAAUAAAACGAACUUCCGUAAAAAGGUAGAGUUAUAUUGUGAUGCAUGAGGUCAAUUUUAUUUUAGAUGAAAAAAGCAGCAGAAGUGGAAAGAAAGAGGAAUGAAAGAAAAAAACAUGAUGCGAUCUCUUCAAAAAGUUUGAAAACAGCUACCGUAACCGAAAACAACAAUAACAUCGGUGAAGAAGAAUCAGAAAUUGGUGAAACUGAUGAAUCCGGAGAAAUUUCGAGAGCAACUAAAAAUAAAGGCAAAACACCAACAACAAAAAAACAUGAAUCUCGAGUGAAAAAAAAUGUAAGUUUUUGUGAGAUACAGUACCCCAAUCAACUAACGAAAAUUCAAGAUGAAAAAAAUCGGUGAUGCAGUUCGGAAAAAAAAUGCCAGAGCAAAUGAAAAUGAGAAACAAAGAGAAACGAGAUUAAACAAAGUCGCAAUGACAACAGCUUCAAAAAGACAAGAUGAAACUUCAAAAAGACAGAAACGUGCUCGAAAACAAACAGAUGAUAAAACUGGACCGUCGGAUAAAAUAAGAAGACUUCGUGCUUAUUCCACUUCAAGCGAGAAUUCAUCCGAAUCUGAUCAAGCUUCACGAAUACCGGCUUUGAGACAAAAUAAAAGUAAAUUUGGAAUUGCGGCAACAGGAGUAAACAUAGAUGCUCAUUAUUCUGGAAAAAUGGAUCAAAAGUGUGAAUAUUGCGGAGCAUUGUAUUUUUCUGACGAAUGCACUUUGAAAGGAACUUACUCGAAAUGCUGUAUGCUAGGAAAAGUCAAACUGAAUCAUUUCGACAAAUUUCCAAAAGAUCUCAAAAAAUUGUAUACUUCGAAUGAUCCUGAAUCCAUCAAUUUUCGAGAACACACAAGGAACUACAAUAAUAGUUUAGCGAUGGGUAGUAUGAAAGCACAAGUGGAAGUACCAAAAGGAAGAGGACCUUAUUGUUACCGUAUUCAUGGACAAGUCAGUUUGAGAAAAAUAUUUGUUUUUUUUAGUUUCAAAUUUACAGGUGUAUCACUUUGUCGGCUCAUUGCAUCCAGCAGUCGGUGAGAAGCACAAUUUUGCUCAAGUUUUUAUUAUGGAUACUGGAUUGGCUGCUGAAGAACUUGCUGGAAGACCGAUAAACAAUGAUUGUACGGAGAAUAUGUUCAAGAAGUUGAUCGAAAUUUUGGAGAAAAUUAAUCCGUUUGUGCACUCUUUCAAAACGAUGCGAGAAGUAGAAAAAGAGGAGCAACUUGCUGCUGCCAGAGAAGGUCGCCCAGAAAAAGAAGUGAAAAUGACAUUUAGAGUUAGAGGCGAAGAUGAUCAUCGAAGGUAAUUUUUCACAGUAUUUUUUUCAAUCAGCUCUGAAUUUCAGAUACCAACUUCCUACUUCGACUGAAGUGGCAGUUGUUUUCGUUGGCGACGAAGAUAAUAUUCCUGGAGAAAGGAGGAUUACAGUACAACAAAGAGGUGGUCAAUUGGUUUCAUUUCGAGAUACUGAUAAGGAAACUGAUCCGAUGGUUUAUCCUUUGAUUUUUCCCGAUGGAAAAUAUGGAUGGUAUCCUGGAAUCAAAUAUACUGAAUCAAGAGGAAAGCGGGUGCGCGUGUCAACCCGUGAAUUCUAUAGUUAUUUAUUUCAUCGGAGAGACCAGUUCAGCCCUCUUUUUUUUUCCGCCAAGCUCUUCCAGCAAUUUGUUGUUGAUGUCUGGACAAAAAUCGAACAAGGCCGCCUAAAUUACAUCAGAUUCAAUCAAGAUCGACUUCGGAUUGAGACAUUGAAAGGGCUGCAAGAUUAUGUUGCUGGCCAAGAAGAUGGUGCUGUUGGAACGCGAAUAGUUUUGCCUGCUUCUCACACUGGAUCUCCACGUGAUAUGGUAGCCCAAUAUCAGGAUGCCAUGGCUGUUGUUGCGCGUUAUGGAAAACCGGAUUUUUUCAUAACGAUGACUUGCAACCCGGCGUGGAAAGAAAUUCAAGAAAAUUUGGAACCGGGACAAAUUGCGAGUGAUAGACCCGAUUUGGUGGCGAGAGUUUUCCAGUUAAAACUUGGUGAAUUGAAAGAUCAGCUGUUUAAGAAAGAAGUUUUCGGGAAAGUUGCUGCUCAUAUCUCGGUUAUCGAAUUCCAAAAACGCGGACUUCCGCACGUGCAUAUCUUAAUCAUCAUGCACAAAGAGAGCAAACCUAGGUAAAAUUCAGUUGAUUAUUCAAGAUUUUCUUUUCAAAUUCCAGAACGGCUCGAGAUGUUGACAAAUUGGUAUCGGCAGAAAUUCCUGAUCCAAUUGCUGAGCCAAGACUUCAUGAAUUGGUUACAAAGAUGAUGAUGCAUCGUCCAUGUGGAGUUCACAACAUCAAUUCUCCAUGCAUGAGAAAUGGGAAAUGUGACAAAAAUUUUCCAAAAGAAAAUCGAGAUUGCACUUCUAUGGAGGUUGAUGGAUUUCCACUAUUGAGAAGACGUAAAGAUGGUCGAACUGUCAUGAUAAACAAAGUUGCAUUGGAUAAUCGGCACGUGGUGGCUUACAACAAAUAUCUGACUUUGUUGCUCGAAUGCCACAUCAACGUCGAAAUAUGUGGAGCAAUUUCAGCUGUAAAGUAUUUAUACAAAUACGUUUACAAGGGAACAACUCGGGCCUCAAUUCGCAUUCAAACAACAUCAAGUGGCGUUCCAAAUCCAGUUGAGGAUGAAAUUGACAAAUAUUUGGAUACGCGAUAUGUUUGUGCGCCUGAGGCAAUGCACCAUAUUUUGGGGUAUCCGAUGACUGAUCGCAGUGUUUCAGUGGAACAACUCAAGGUUCAUCUACCGGGUUGUCAAGGGAUUGUAUUUCGAAAAGGGGAUGAAGUUCAGGCAACUACCAAUGGUGAACUGCGCAAAACAACUUUGACAGGGUGGUUUGAGGCCAACAAAAAAUGCCAAGAAGCUGCAUUACCGGAUGGAACUCUUCCACAACCUAUGAGAGAUACACGAGAUCUUUUUUAUUAUCAGAUGCCUGAAUAUUUUAUUUUUGAUCCGAAACAUGGUUGGAAAGAACGAAGAAACUGUCGGUUUGCGAUUGGACGUAUGCAUUUUGUUUCGCCAAGAGAUCGUGAAAGAUUCGCACUUCGACAGCUGUUGUUGUACACAAAAGGAGCUACGUGCUUUGAUGAUUUGUUGACGGUUUCGGGAACAAAAUAUGAUACUUUCAUUGAGGCGGCUAAAAUGAGUGGAUAUCUUGAAGAUGAUUUAAUUCAUGAACAAUCGAUGCAAGAAGCUUCGACAUUUCAUUCGGCUGCCCAACUUCGAGGAUUUUUUGCAACUCUGAUUUGCUUCGGGAAUAUUACCGACGUGGAAAAACUUUGGAAUAAGUGAGAAAACAUUUUUAUUGUCUCAAAAAAAUUUGAUCUUCAGGUUUCUCGAUGAUUUAUGUGAGGAUUAUAUUCACCAAAAAAAAUCACGAUCGGAUGCUGAAUCUCUAACAUAUUUUGACAUUCUGGAUCGGCUUGAUGCUAUGAAGGUCGAUUUUCGUAUUUAUUUGGAUCUUCCAUAUCAAAGAGUUCUAAUAAAUGGCCCACAAAUUGAUUAUGAUUUGUGUCGAAGAGUUGGAGAAGAUAUGCGAAAGACCAUGUCGGUGGAGCAAGAAAAAGUUCUUGGAACAAUUUUGAUUGCAUUAUCUGGAUGUGGAGGACUUUUUUUUGUUGAUGGGCCUGGAGGAAGCGGAAAAACGUAUCUCUACAAUUGUUUGGCAAACAUUGUUCAAGGCGAGAAAAAGAAGAUUUUGACAAUUGCGUGGACCGGCAUCGCUGCCGCUCUUCUUCCAAAUGGUCGCACGGUGGCUUCAAUUUUCAAGCUUGAUGUAACAAAUGGUUGCAAAAUGUCGCGCCUCAACCCCCGUUCAGCCGAAGCCAAACGUUUAUCAGAAAUUGAUUUGAUUUUAUGGGACGAAGCUCCGAUGUCACCGAAAUCCGCCCUCGAAAGUGUUGAUCGAUUUUUCCGUGAUGUAAUGGAAUAUGAUUUUCCGUUUGGAGGUAAAACUAUUGUACUUGGAGGUGAUUUUCGGCAAGUUUUGCCGGUAAUGGACAAAGGAGGAGUUGAUGAACAAGUUGCAAAUUGUAUUAAGAAAUCUGAAUUGUGGAGCAAGUUUGAAUGCAUGAGAUUGACUGCAAAUAUGAGAUUAACAGAUGGUGAUUCAACAUGGAAAGAUGAUUUGAUGAAAAUCGGAGAUGGUGAUGUUGGGGCUCCAUUGACUGGAGAAAUGGAUGUUCCGCUUGAAUUUCAAAGUGGUGAUUUGGUAUCGAAUAUUUUUGGAGGUUUUUUAGGGGGUUCGGACAUUGAUGAAUUAUCGAAAGUUGCGAUUUUAACCCCCAAAAACAAAGAAGCGUUGGAAAUGAAUCUUCGAAUCCUUGAUCAAUUACCUGGAAAUUCAAAAUCAUUUAAGUCACUGGAUGUUAUUGUUCGGAAAGAAGGAGAAACGGAUGCAAGCUGCCAAUAUUAUACCACUGAAUUUUUGAAUAGGAUGACUCCAAGUGGAAUGCCUCCUCAUGAUCUGCAGCUCAAGGUGGGUGUAAAAAUAGGGUUAGCAUAUAAAUUCGAGAUUCUAGAAAGGAGCAAUCAUAAUGCUUCUGCGAAAUUUGGACGUCAAGAAUUCGUUAUGCAAUGGAUCUCGAUUUGUGGUGGAAAAUAUGGGAGAACGUGUACUUCAAUGCAAAUUUGUUUGUGGAGCGCGAAAAGGAGAAUCUGUUCUUCUUCCGCGAAUCAAACUCAAUUAUGAACAGAAUCUUCCCUUUGUUCUUUCUCGACUUCAAUUUCCAGUUCGAUUGUCUUUUGCCAUGACGAUAAAUAAGAGUCAAGGGCAAACUUUCAACAAAAUCGGAUUGCAGUUGGAUGAACAUAUAUUCAGUCACGGACAAUUAUAUGUGGCUCUUUCUCGAACUCGAACUAAAGAUGGAAUAUUCAUCGAAUCAUCUUCCAAAAAAAUGCAUAAUAUUGUUUGUAAAGAUGUAUUGAAUUAA